UGGGUGUGCGUGUGUGUGCGUGCCUGCAGCUGAACCUGUGCUGAACAGUGUGUUUUCUGUAUUCCAAGAGCUGCACGAUCGGAAUGCACAGAACCAUAGCUCUGUGCUUAGAUAUUUUAUUCCAGCUCUGAACCUGUCUAUGAGACACUUGUGAGUGCUUGGCUUGAAUACAUACUUAAUCAAAGCAUGAGGAGAUAUUAGGAGGAAUAACUAGAGUUCAGCAGCUUUACAUUUGAAAGAUUUUAUGAAAGAACUCUGAAUGUGGAAGCUAUGUCCACCUAUGUUAGCAGAGUAAUUGCUGUAGAUAGGCUGAGAAAUGAUGAGUUUUAUACAGUGUUUUUGACAACAAGAGAUUUGUCUAAGAAAGCUCAUUUAAUUAUUUAAAUUAUUAGUGAAUGGUUUAUGUGGAGGACUGAACUUAAUUUCUGAUCCAUGUACCUGUCAGAAGGUAUCACACUGAUAACUGCUAGAAUGUCAGGGAGGAACUUCUCAAUUGCUUUUUAAAUAUCUGUGAAAUUUUUAAAAGAUAAUUAGAUUACAAGAUCAGCACCAGAAUGCUAGUGAAUGUCUGGAUUAAACAUUUCAGUUUGGGAACUGGUCCCAGCUUGUGUAGGUACUCUUGUAAGUAGCUGAACUUCAUAGCAGCGCUUGAACUGUAUACAGGGUAGUCAAGCCAAAUACAUAUGUAACUGUGUCCUUCAUUUUCCUGUGAAAUGAGCCCCUGUCCUGGGGAUCUGGAGCUGGUAGGGGUGAAUCUGCUGCUGGUGUUCAUGGGAGCUGUGCUUGGGGCAUACAAAAUGCAAUAGCAUUUAGAGUGCAACAAUUACUUCAACUUUGAAACAUUUGAAAUUGGACACUCAGAAAAAGUGACUUUAAAAAAAAAAAUCUUAAGCUUUGGUUUCACAGCUCCAAAUUUAUGUACAUUGGUAUCUUUUGCUACCAGUACAAUUUGAAAAUACAUUAAGAUUAGUAAAGCAUUUACAUUUUGUAGACAGGCCUUUGGGAAAAUCUCAAGAGGUAAUGAAAUCUGUCUCCAGAGCAGUUUCUUCAUCAUUCAAGCCCUGAGUGGUAGACUAAGUCCUAGGUCAAUAUGUAGAGCAAUGGGAAAAAAGCAGAAAGCUGAAUAGCAGCUAAGUGUGUGCUGUCCAUUCCUUGCACUGAAUUAUGUAAACAGCUUGUAGAAUAACUGAAGACUGUGAGAUGUAUGGGGUGCUGAUUAAGCAUUGUGCAAGUGGCAUCAACUUUGUUACUUGCUAGAUUUUUAAGGUUCUCUUGCAGUCAUUGGAAGCAGCGUGUAUGUAUGCAGCAAAAAUAGCAGAUUAAGAUAGCAGGUGCAUACCUGCUGACACAAGUGAUCAAAGAGCCUGUUUUCUUGGAGAGAGCUAAACUGUGCACUUUAUUUGUACUUGCAUGUAUUUUGUUUGGUUAGAUAAGAAAAUAUUUUAAAAGACUCAUACAGAAGACCAUACAAAAGAUAAACGCUGCUAAUGGUGUCAGUGGAAACAGUGUUUAGUGGGUACAUCACUGUCAAGGAGAAAGAGCAGUGCUUAUACUUCAUGGCUGUAAGAGUAUUUUUUUAAUCUCUGUUCUUUCUUUUUAUCCUUUCAACUUUACUUGAGUAGCAAAAGGUAAUUGUACUCUUAAGCAAAGAAAUUUUGUUUGCCUUCCAGGUUAUGGUUGUCUCGAGUUCUACCUUUCUUUCAUAUAGGCUGCAUACAAAAAGCAUACAUUUAGUAGAUUGCUGGAACAAACUGAAAUAAAUGAUUGUGUUCCUGUAGUAGAAAUUAUUUGACUUUAUGUAUUAGUUCAAAUUCAGAAGUCUUUGCCUACCCUUCUCUUUAUUUUUCUUCUCUUUUAUUUAAUACAUACAAUCCCAUGUAAUCAUUGUAUUUAAGUGUUCCACGUAAUUACAGAGUCAGACUCCUUCCUCUCUGUUUUCCCUCCUUUUAGCAAAUAUUCUUUGAACUUGAGCUGCUUUUCAGGUGUGGAAGGCAUGACUAGUUUGUUUGCUUAUUUUAUCUUAUCCCUUUGCAUCAGUUACACAAAAAUCACCAUGGAGAGAAAGAAGUAAGGCAGGAAUUGGUUGUCUCUGCCUGACACUGCUUUGCUCAGAGUGGUGAGUUGUGACAGCCCUCAGAUGUGCUGCACAGCUGGCUGUGUGUCAGCAGCAACACCCCUGGCAGCUGUACCAGGGUGCUGGUGCUCAGUGUGACAGAUUGAGUAUGUUGUUUGGGGCAUUUGUGCGAGGACAAUGGUGGCUUGAAAUGCUGCAGCUCUCCUGCAGCCACUUUGUGAAAUUACAGCCCUGUUGUUUCGUAUCCUGGCACCACUGAAUCCAAACAAAGGCUGUAAUACCUCGAGUGUCAGUGGAAGGAGUGAUAAACGUAGUAUGUCCUUGGCUUCAGAGGCUUGCCCCACUGCAGGGUGUCACUGCCUGCCUUCCAUACCUUUUCCUGCCCUCCAGAAAGAGCAUGGGAAGCUCCUCCAUGCAGUUGAAUAUGCUCCAGAUACUGACCAUGGUCUUUGCAACCCCUGUGAGCUCCCCUCUCUGUCAGGCCUGCUGGCCUUCAGCCAGGGGACUGCUCCGUGUGCUUUGUAGCACUACCUGCAGGUGCUGGACUUCAGAAUUCAUGAUGGCUGCUGAUACUCUUGCUGUGAGGCAGAAGAGAAGGAUCUAUGAUAUCACCAACGUUCUGGAGGGGAUUGAUCUCAUUGAGAAGAAGUCAAAAAACAGCAUUCAGUGGAAAGGAGUAGGUGCUGGCUGCAAUACAAAAGAAGUCAUAGACAGGCUGAGAUAUCUGGAAGCUGAAAUUGAAGAUUUAGAGCUAAAAGAAAAAGAAUUGGAUCAGCAGAAACUGUGGCUUCAACAAAGUAUCAAGAACGUCAUGGAUGAUUCUACAAACCACCAAUUUUCAUAUGUCACCCAUGAAGAUAUCUGCAACUGCUUCAAUGGAGAUACACUUCUAGCAAUUCAAGCACCUUGUGGUACACAGUUGGAAGUACCUAGACCUGAAAUGGGACAGAACGGACAGAAGAAAUACCAGAUCAACCUUAAAAGUAGUUCAGGACCUAUCCAUGUGCUGCUUAUAAACAAAGAGUCGAGCUCCUCCAAGCCCACGGUGUUUCCAGUUCCUCCACCUGAUGACCUUGCACAGCCCCCAUCCCAACCUGCAGCUCCAGCAACUCCACUUAAACCAGCCGCAGCUCCUCCAAAUCCCCCAGAACAGCAUGACCUGAACCAAGGACGGGAGUUACCGCAAACGGCAGUUGCGGACACACCAUCAGGUGGCAGCACCCAGCGGGACAGUGCAGCCCCCACAGCCCCUUACUCCAGCCUGCCAGAGCCGGAGCUGUAUCCCAGCCUGUCCGGGGACAGUGCCCAAGCCUCAGCCAGUUCCAGUGACUACCAGAGCUUGCUGCCUCUGGAUGUCAACUGUAUUCUCAAGCCAAACUCAUUUGACAUUGCAAAGAUGGAGGAGCCUGCAGGAAAUAUCAGUGGAGAUAUUAUUGAUGAACUCAUGUCUUCUGACGUUUUUCCUCUCUUACGACUCUCUCCUACUCCCGGAGAUGACUACAACUUUAACCUGGAUGAUAAUGAAGGAGUCUGUGAUCUCUUUGAUGUGCAGAUACUAAAUUAUUAGAUAUCGUGUCAACCAGACUACUCAUCUACCUCUAACUAUAACAUUCUAGACUUCUUCAUAACCUAAGUAUUUGAAUAAUGAAUGUAUAACUUCUUAGUUCACUGACUCUGGGAGUAUAUUUCCUUUUGUUUCCUUUAACUACUUCACAAAACAAAUUCAAGAACAAGAAAAAAAGGGCUCUUAUCAAAAAAAUCUGGCACUUUUUCACCUGAGUGUUUUUCUGUGUAAUCCAAUUGUUUGGAGCUUUCUUUAGUAAGAAAAGUGAAAAUACCUAAUAGCCUUUUGAUCAUUUUUUCAAAAAAUGAUUAGGCUUCUUGCUCACAGUUAACAGCAUUUUUUUUGAAGCUUUACUGCCAAGAAGCUAUAGUCUUUAACUUUUCAAACAAUUUUGAAGCUUUCACUGCCAAGUUGAAAUGUGAAGGGUAUCAACUUGAGUUAUGCUAAAUUGUUUCAGUGAACCAAUUUUGUGAAGUGCCUUCUGUUUUAGCACUUUAAGUUUCUCACACUGACUUCUGACAUUCCACUUUCCUACAUGAUAGGAAAGGUCUGUUUGUAGUUUGUAUUAAAGUGUGCCAAUACUUGUAUAUUAACAAAAUUUUUUUAAUAAAAUUGUGCAAACAAA